GACAUUCGGAUCUUUAUCGGGUUUGCUAACUACUACCGACGAUUUAUACAAUACUUCUCCCGAAUUGCGGCCCCCCUAAAUCGGUUAACGGAAAGAAAGGGCGAUAUAGCAAAGGGAGGACAGAAGCAACGGAAUAAAGAGUCCGUAAAGAUUAAUCUACCCCCGGAGGCCAAGCAAUCGUUCCUUAAGUUAAAGUAG